UCACUGGCGUCGUUGCAACCAGGAUGUCCCCUCCCACGCGCAAAGAGGAGUGCAAGCAUAUGCGGCACUAGCAGCGCACAGCACAACCAUAGCAAAACACAAGUUUAGCAGCCAACGCCAGCGCUGAAGAUGCGUGCACAGCGAACACGCCUGACACACAAUCAGCUGGGCCGAAUGUAAGAUGGCCGUGCUUUACUGUCAGUUGGUCAGUAGUGUUUACGAAGUUUGAUGGCUCCGAUGGCUUUGAUGGCUCUAAAGUGUACAACACAAACGCAGCCACCAUGUGAUAGCCAACGACGGGGAUCGAUCGUUUUGCAAUAACAAUCGAUGCACAAACGCGAGCGUCUCCGCUCAAAUGUCUCGACUAGGAAGUUAACCAGGAGAUGGUUCCCAACUUGGAUCAUCUGGGUUGCAAGUCUCAAAUAAUGCACAAUCUACUCCACAGUAACACAAUAUACUGCCUAUUUUAUCACUAAGUUUAAGCAUAACAAGUCAGAGAGCAGCUGCAUUAUGGCCACCAUGAUGUACCCAACUUUGACCAAGUCACAGAGCAUGCGCUCGAAGCGUAAGUCGGCGGUGGAGCUGCUCGCCGAGAGCAAACCCUUCUACGUCAAGUCGGAGGUGGUUCGUGAUAAUACUCAAGUGCUUCCCGUGCGGCCGGCGCCCAACUUUGCUGCUGGCUACGGCACCUACACGCGGAGCAAAUCAGUUAAUGUGACAGGACAUAAUAUUAAUUAUCGGCCGACUACACUACCGCAAUACAUGGCUGUUUCACCGUCGAGAUCAUUGCCGCCAUUAUCGCACAGAAGAUCGGUGCACUCUGGCAGCAGCGACCUGCUGCAGAACAAACUACGGCAAUUACUCGUUUGUGACAGUGCUGAAGAACUGAGCGUUGAGCAGUUGGGUCCGCUGAGCCCACCCGCUGAAUACGCGCAGCGCUGUCACAAGAGUCUACCCGACCUGCAUUGUCGCGCCGAACCCAGCUCGAACAAGAGCAGCAACAAGAGCUUAUCGAACCGGGACAGCGGCGGUUCGAGUGGGCAUUACACCCAGCGGAGUGAACCGGCGCCUCCACCACGACAAUUUCAAGAAGUAAGAAGAGAUUCCGGAUCAAGCACACAGCACAGGGGUUCAUCGUACUAUUGUUGCGCGGAAGGCGAUUGUCGCACUCGUGUGAUUUACCCGCCACCAGUACCGCCGCAUCAACCGCCAUCACAAUUGCCCCCGCCGUCGACGUUCAAGCGACAGAAGUGCCUGCGGUACAAGCGCGACCGGCCAAUCCUGCGCUCCAAGUCGGAUAUCAGUGACAGAUACUGGCGUCCGCCAGAGCCACCUGUCAGCCAUCUUGAGCAGUUUUUCGAGCACCUCGGUCUCACGUCCGACAGCUACGAAGACAUGCUCAGCAACAGCCGCUCGUCGGAGUCGCCCGUCUUCUUUUCGGACGUGUCGACCAUCGACUCUAGCCGACCCAUCGACAACGGCGAUUACUGUGCGCCGGCGGCGUACCGCCCUAGCGAACCGCCGUCGAUAGUUGAACGCAACGCGCGCAUCAUCAAAUGGCUGUGCAAUUGUCGCAAGUCGCAGAUGCUGUGAACACUCGAAUGAAUCAAACAGAUAUCAAUCAAAUAAUUAACGCCGCGCUAUUUACUGACAUCGGGAACAAUAAUUUUUGGUUUAACUUUUAUUGUUAUUUCGGAAAUUUGUGAGAAAUUAUUUACUAGAGUUGUGAUUGAUUCUUAGUUGGCAUGAAUGCAAAUUGCGAUAUUGCUAUUCAUCCAUUGUCAUUCGUAUCAAUUAAGAAUGAGUCGACUUGUAUCGUUAUGACUUUGAAUGUUUGAUAUGCGUGCAUGCGGUGUGCGGCUGGCCAAGCGAGCGAAUGAUUAAUAUUUAUUUAUUUAUUAGACACGUUGAAUGUUGUUACGAAAUUUAAUUGUUUGGAAUUUUGCGCGAUGAAUUACUCGUACCUUGAAAAAAGUCGAUUCGAAGAAACCAGUGGCAAACAUAUUCACAUUUUGCGUGUGUGUGUGCAAUGUCAAACUGAAGAUGAUUUACGUUGUAAUAAGGCCUCGCAUGGCUUUCAGGAAUAACUAACGUCCAACACAUGUGGAGACAUUCCAUUUUGCAAUAUCAGGAGAUUUUUCAAAACACUUCACAAUAUUCCACGUACGCGAGAGUUGUUCCCCGCUUUUUUUCGAUUUUGAGGCUUUUAUUGUGUAAACAAACGAAGUGUAUUUUGUGAUAACCGCGAAACUCUUGCUUUGCGAAUAUGUAACUAAUUUUACUAGGCGAGAAACGAAGUUAAUUUGUUUGAUUCACACAACAUGCUUUACGGAUACAUAUUUUAAUUUCGUCGCGUGCUUUUUGAGUUGAUAAGGACGAAGCCAUCUGCCAUUUUGUCAUAAACGUGAGAAUCUAAAAUUAGCAAACAUGUUGUGAUAUUUGAAUCGGUCGAGUUUUGUUUGACUAUGUUAUCUGCGGUGCGGAUUUGCCUCAUUUUGUAAUUGUUUGAUAAAUCAACACACCGUUUAUUCCAGUACAGAGUCAAUCAUAGAAACAAAUUAAAAUGCGACUUACGGAACAAUUAAAUAACGAGCGAAACGAACGCACCCGGACUUGGUGUGAAACUUGAGCGUAGCCGUAGCGAGAUGUAAACGUGUAGCGUGUGAGUAAUUUUUACUAUUACUGGUAUUCAAUAAGAUGGUCAUAUGACGAUAACUGCGAAUAAUAAUUACUAAUAAGACAUUAUAUUAAAGAUCACUGGAUCAGUGUAAUCAUCAUUAGCGUCGUUACGAUUACCGAAGAGUGCGCAACAAGUAUAUCGAUAUUUAUAGCUAGCGUAUAAAGGAAUAACUAGAAUGAUACACUAAUUAUUAUGAUUGUGUAAAUAACUCGUACGCAGGGCUCGCUCAGAGCGCGCCCCCGCCCAUGUAAUGGACUCGCUGUUUCUAUUAGUUUUACUAUGAAUGCCAUGCGUUACUAUCUAGUCUGUACUUAAAUUCUCAUUGUUUCAAUUAGAAGAACAAACGCAUAGCCUAUCAACACAUCCCAUUCUAAAAAUAUAUUCUACAUAAAACUAUUAA